CAUUCUUUGGCCACAAUCUGGGCGGCUAAGCACCCCACUCCUCCCCUACUGUAUUCUGGUAGUUUAUUUUGCCACGUAUUAUUGAUCCUUAUAUUAUCUCAAGUUUAG